AUGAAAAGAACGCAAAGUAUAUUCAAUGACAAAAGAAAACAAAAGAAACAAGUUGGAGCGGAAGAGGGACGUGCAAAGAAAUGGUUUGAACAACGAAUUAAACAAAAGAAAGACAAGUACAAUAUCAAUGAAGAAUCAGAAGAAGAGGAAGAAUUUACUCAUGAAGGAGUUGCAUUGUCAAAAAGUAAGAUGGGAUAUACAGAUGUUCCAGUUGGAGUGAUUGAAGAAGACACAGAAGACACAGAAGAAGAAAAGACAGAUAUGACAAAGAAAGGAAGAUAUGCGGAAAUUAUUGAAAAGUCAAAGAAAAGAAAAGCGGAGAAAGCAAUUGAAAGACAAGAACAAGAAGAAAGACUUGAAUUUUUAAAUGAGAAUAUUGAAGAUAUUAUAGGACAUGUUAGCAUGAGACAAAGUGGAGAUGAUAAUUUUGGAGAUGAAUAUGUAGAAUUACUUGCUAAAAUGCAAAAUGAAAAAACACGAGCUGUUGGAGCAGACAUAGAAGAAGAUGUUCAUGAAGCAAGAAAGAAGAGAAUUCAAGAAGAAAUAAAUAAUAUAGAAGAACGAAUUAAUAAAAUAGGAGAAGGAGGGAUUGUUGAGAAACAUAGAAUUGGAGAAGGAAGUGAAAAACUGGAAGAUGAAGAAGAUUUAAUUAAAAGAAUUGAAAAAGAAGAUAUUAGAACAGUAGUUUAUAAAAUUGGAGAUAAAGAAGAAUGGGGAAAAGAAAUAGAAAAGCAAGAAGAAUUAGCGGAACAAGCAGUUAUUAUUUUAAAAAGUGUUGAAAAGAUAGGAGUAUUAAAAACAACAGAAGCACUUCAGAGUUUUAUAGGAGAAAUAUAUAAUAGAAGAAAAGAGAUGAGAAUGAUGAUUGUAGAAGUUAUAAUUGAAGGAAUUGAAUGGAAAGAAGAUUUAAGAACAUUAAAAGAAAUAGGAGUAAUUAGUAAAGUAUGGUCUAGUACAGAUUUAGGAAGUAUGAUUACAAUGAAAAUAAUGGAAUAUUUAGGAGGACUUUUUUAUGGAGUUAGAGUUGAAAAAGAAAGAUUUGUACUUCAAAGUAUUGGAGCAAUUAUUGGAAGUGAAAUAAGUGAAAGAAGAUAUAUUCCGGAAUUAAUUGGAUGGAUAAGGAAAGGAUAUUUAAUAGUAAAAGAUAGUAAAAGAAAGAAAGGAAUAAAAGUAGAAGAAGCGAUUACAUUAGAAGGAGAAGAGUUAAAAGGAUAUGUUAAAGAUAUAAUCAUUCAAAUAGUAGAGAAGAUGAUAGGAAUGAAUAGAAAAGAGAUAAAUAGUCGAAUGGGAUUAAAAGAAAUAAUUGAAAGUAUGAAAGGAGAUGAAGAGUGUAAAAGGAUAGUAGAAGAAUGGAAUAAAGAAGAAGAGAAAAUGAAAAUUCAAGUUACAUUAGUUGAAAAGAAAAAUGUUGGAAUGAUUAAAAUGUUUAAUCCAAGACUACAUGAAGUUGAUUUACAAAAAGAAGUUAGAGAAGUAAAGAAGAAGAUUAAAGAAGAAGCACGUAAAGCAUCUAAAAUUGAAGAAGGAAUUACACAAAAUAUUAGUGAUAUGAAACGAUAUGAAGAAGAAAUUGAAAGACAAAAACAAAAGAAAGCAUAUGGAAAGAUUCUUAAUGAAUUACAAGGACAACAAAGUGAAUGGAAAAAGUUUGAUAAAAAGAAAGGAAAACAAAAUUAUAAAAAGAAAGUACGAUAUUAA